AUGGAUACUGAAGAAUAUAAAUCAUUAGUACGUCGAAGAAGCAAUUUAAAAAUUGAAGUAGCUGCACAUUUGAAGUUUGUGAAGAAAUUUGUUGAAUCUUCGAUAGCAUUUCAGGCAGUGGACGUCAGGUUGGGACAACUCAGGACAUCUAUUAAUCAAUUUGAAGACAUCCAAAGCAAAAUUGAAAAAUUGGAUAAGAGGGAUGAUCAAUCUCAAGCUGAUGAACGAGUUCAAUUUAAUGAUCUAGUAUGUGAUGUACAAGCAUCUUUAAUGACACUGUCUGAAAAGGGUAAAAAAGAGCCAAUGACAUCAGAUACAGUAAGAACUAGUGACACAAUGCGAUUACCAGCAGUUUCUGCGCCUGAAUUUGAUGGCAACCUUCAAAAUUGGUCAGCGUUUAGGGAUUCAUUUGAUGCAAUGUUCCAUAACAACAAAUCAUUGGCAGAUGUUCAAAAACUGCAUUACCUAAAGUCUUGUGUAACAAAAUCUGCCAGUGAUGUGAUUAAGAGUUUUCCAACAACAGGUGACAAUUAUCAAAGAGCUUAUGAUGCCCUUCUCAUGCGAUAUGAAAAUAAAUCUUUAACAAUUCAAUCUCAUAUACGUUCAUUAUUAGAUACACAGAAGGUCAUCACUGCAACUGCAGCAGAAUUGCAAAAAUUACAUCAUCAUGUUAUGUCACAUGUCAAAGCUUUAGAAGCUCUACUUCAACCUAUCCACAGUUGGGAUGCCUGGCUUGUCACAUUAAUUUGUUAUAAACUAGACAAUAUAACAGUUGGUGAAUGGCAGCUCCGCCAGAGCACUCGUGAAUUACCUAAGUUCACUGAACUAGAAACAUUCUUGUUGAAUCGUAUAUCAGCAUAUGAAGUUGGAGACUUCAACAACAACUCCACUAUUGAAGGACAGCAUCAAACCAUGAGACGACCCCCUCAAAAAAAGGCAUUAUUCAGCAAAGGGAACAAUCUUAAAAACCCAAGUAACAUAAAAUGUGUAUUAUGCUCAGGUUCUCACAGAUUGCAUACCUGUGACCAAUUCCUGGACUUGUCGGUGUCUGAGCGUUCAAAGGUGGUUAGUAGUCAUUCAUUAUGUUUCAAUUGCCUACAUCCUGGUCAUAGUGCUGCUAUCUGUCGGUAUGGAAGUUGUCACAAGUGUGGUCGCAAACAUCAUACCAAAUUACAUGAACAUGAACACACCACUAAAUCAGAUAAUAUUUCAAUAAAUAAUUUAGAUCAGCAAGCUGAAGUACAAUCAUUGCACACUUCAAUGCAUGCACAACAACACAAUAGAGAACAUCAAGUUAUGUUAGCGACAGCUAUUGUCAAAAUAUGUGGAACAGCAAAUGAACAAUACGAGUUGCGAGCGGUUUUGGACUCUGGUUCACAAGUGAAUUUCAUCACUAGACGUUGCGCUAAUCUUCUAAGGUUAAAACCGUUAUUGUCAACAUCAAAUAUAUCAGGUAUAGGAACAUUAUCCACCAAGUCGACAAAACUUGAACCCACACUUCUAUCAUCACGGUUUGGCUCAUAUCAAACUAGUGUUGAUCUACAUGUUUUGCCUGUCAUUACUGGUCAUCUACCAACGAGUACUGUUGACAUCAAUCAAUUUAAUAUUCCAGACAAAGUCAAAUGUCAACUUGCAGACCCUUUAUUUCAUAAACCUCAACCUGUAGACUUAUUGUUAGGUGCUGAACUGUUUUUUGAAUUGUUCAUAGGUAACCACAUCAAACUUUCACCUAAGUCAUUUGCAUGUGAAUCACAGUUGGGUUGGAUAAUCACCGGAUGUAUUCCUGUCAUCGAGUCGUCGGUGCCACAAUCAUUAAUUUCUACAUCUCUCACUACCAAUCAGAAUAAAAUCUCUGCACUGUCUCUCCACAGUCCAAAGGGUAUUGCACAACGUGCUGAAGAAGCUGAAGUUGAAACACAUUUUCAAAGUUCAAUUAAACGAGACCAUAAUGGACAAUUCAUAGUGAAGCUGCCAAUCAACAGGGACCCUAGUGUUCUAGGAGAUUCAAAAUAUAUGGCUACAAAAAGAUUCUUAGCAAUGGAACGACGAUUAAUGAGCAACAAAGCCCUAGCAAUAGAAUAUGAAAAGUUCAUGACUGAAUAUCUAACCGCUGGCCACAUGGAGAAGAUUAAAAACACAGAUAUCAAUGAACCCAUCACAUAUUAUCUUCCUCAUCAUGCUGUGGUAAAAGAAAACAGUAUAACAACAAAGACUCGAGUUGUGUUUGACGCAUCAGCUGCUACGUCAACUGGAAUAUCUCUCAAUGACAUCUUAAUGCGAGGACCCACAGUUCAACCAACAUUGUUUCAAAUUAUUCUAAGGUUUCGGUUACAUAAUAUAGCAAUCACUGGUGAUAUUGAGAAAAUGUAUCGCCAAGUCAAGGUUGAUCGGUCUGACUGUGACUUACAACGAAUUGUAUACAGAUCAAAUCCAAGUCACCCAUUGCAACAUUACAGACUGCUAACUGUCACAUAUGGGACAAAAUCAGCACCAUAUCUUGCCACAAAAUGUUUAUCUGAACUAAGCAAACAUUGCACUGAUCAAAGAGUCUCUAGAAUCAUUAAAGAAGAUUUUUAUGUAGAUGAUUUACUAAGCGGUGGAACUACAGUUGAGGAAUGUUGUCAAUAUUAUCAAGAACUAACAAAUGUACUAAACCAAGUCAACUUUCCUAUCAGAAAAUGGUGUUCAAAUUCUGCAGAGCUGAUCGCAAAAAUACCGUCUGCCAAUGAACAACAUUAUUCAUUGUUGCUGGCUGAAGAUGAAUCCAUUACCACUCUAGGACUAACUUGGCUACCAAAUAAGGAUGUUUUUAAAUUUGUACUCAAACCUUGGAGCCCACAAACACAGAUGACAAAAAGAUCAUUGUUGUCUGAUCUGCACAAAAUUUAUGAUCCUCUUGGUUUUAUCACACCAGUUUUAAUAAAAGGCAAAAUUUUCCUCCAACAAUUAUGGACAAUCAAGGUGGGUUGGGAUACAGUGUUACCCCCUGACACUCAACUCAAGUGGUCAAGAUUUUGUAAUGGUCUACAAUCAAUCGAGAACUUAUCUAUUCCACGGUUGGUUUUGUGCCAUGCCAACAAACGAAUAAUUACAUUACACGGGUUCUGUGAUGCAUCUCAAAACGCAAUUGGUGCCUGUAUCUAUGUACGUUCAAGAGCAGUCGACUCUGAGGACUCAUGGACAACCGCACUAUAUACUUCAAGGUCUCGAGUAGCACCUAUUCGCACCACAACAAUACCAAGGUUAGAACUCAGCGGUGCAACAAUAUUAGCCGACCUGAUGACUGAAGUUCGAAAAGAGUUCAAAGCACUCAAUAUACUUAUAUCAACUGACAAUGUAUAUUUAUGGACAGAUUCCUCAAUUGUUUUAUCAUGGAUUAACACAGAUAUACCUUUAAAAAUGUACGUUGCCAAUCGAAUAACACAAAUUCAUGAGUCUUCUACUAUUGCACAAUGGAGAUAUGUGCCGUCACAAGAUAACCCAGCUGACCUUAUAACUCGAGGAACAUCUGCACAGUCCUUAGAAUCGUCAACACUCUGGUGGAAAGGACCACAAUGGUUAGCACAGAGUAAUAGUCAUUGGCCGGCAGGUUUUGAAUAUGCAGUCAACAUUCCAGAAAUUCGCAUCAUCAAGCCUGUCCUGACAGUCACCCAGUGUCACAGUGUAGAUUCAUCAAACGAUUACAAGCUGUUAAAUCAAUACUCAAGUUGGACAAAACUCAUUCGAAUAACAGCAUAUAUUCAAAGAUUUUGCAAAAAUUCUAAAUUUACAAAAGCUGAAAGGACUAUCGAUCAUCUCCAUGCUCUCGAACUUAAGACCGCCAAAGAAACCUGGAUAAGAAUUGCUCAACAAGAAGCAUUCAAACCUGAAAUAACAUGUCUAGAGCACGGCAACCAAUUAUCUCGGCGAAGUAAGCUCAUUAGCUUAAGUCCUUUUCUUGAAAAUGGUAUCAUCAGAGUUGGAGGUAGGCUACAAUUUUCUCAGCUACCUGCCAAUCAACGACACCCUGCACUGUUGCCAAAAGCACAUCGUGUAACCCAACUUAUUUUUGAACAAUACCAUAAACAAUAUCUGCAUGCAGGCGCCCAAAAUUUGCUGACUAGAGUCCGUCAAGAAUUUUGGCCGUUGGAUGGUAGAAAUACAGCUCGACGCAUUGUACACAGCUGCAGUGUAUGUUACCGAGCCAAGCCCCAUAUGUUUCAGCCCACAAUGGGAAAUCUACCUCGACUUCGAGUGACACCCAGUCGUCCAUUUACUGCAACUGGCAUUGACUUUGCUGGUCCCAUCAGUCUACAUUCAGGUCCUCGCAAUCGAACCAUCACUAAAGCAUAUAUAGCUGUUUUCAUAUGCUUCAGUACCCGUGCCAUUCAUUUGGAGGCUGUUAGCAGCCUAACAUCCCAAGCCUUUUUAGCAGCUCUACGACGUUUUUUUUCGCGACGAGGUCAAAGCUCCCACAUAUAUUCAGAUAAUGGUACAAAUUUCCGUGGUGCAAGCGCUGAGUUGAAACGUCUUUACAAACAACCAUGUGACAACAAUAAAACUGUUAUAGAGACAUUAGCCCAAGAUGAAAUUCAAUGGCACUUCAACCCUCCAAGUGCACCUCACAUGGGUGGUCUUUGGGAGGCAGCGGUUAAAUCUACGAAACACCAUCUAAUAAGAACUGUAAAAUCAGCCAAACUUAAUUUUGAAGAAUUAGCCACUCUAUUGUGUCAAAUUGAGGCGUGUCUAAAUAGCAGGCCAUUAACUCCCCAGUCUAGUGACCCUGAAAGUUUUUCAGUGUUAACACCUGCCCAUUUUUUAGUAGGAGGUUGUCUAACGUUACCUCCAGAUGUAGAGCAUCCCGAAAAACCGAUCAACCAUAUAAAGCGAUGGCAUAUAGUGCAGGCAAUGAUGCAAGGGUUUUGGCGUAGAUGGUCCACUGAAUAUCUACGCACACUGCAAGUCAGAUCAAAGUGGAAUGUAGUCACUAAGGAUGCAGUCAUCAAAAUAGGAGAUUUGGUGUUAAUCGUAGAAGACAAUCAACCACCAUUAACUUGGAGCAUUGGCCGAGUGACACAACUUCAUCCUGGCUCUGAUAACAUUGUUCGUGUUGCAACAAUUACCACGUCUGGAAACAAGUCAUUGCAACGACCCCUGGUAAAACUAUGUCCAUUACCUUUUGUCAAUGCUGAAGAUUCAACAAAUUCAACCCAGUCAAUCUAA